GCAUCUGUCGCUUUAAAAAAAAUUGGCCGCCGUUUGCAGUCACCUGAAACUAAACAAAGCCCAACCCACAUGAACACCUUUCCUCAUCCGCCUCCAGUCCAAUCAGAGAUCACAACAGUACAAACUCAUGGAGACUCAAGACGCUUUUCACGCGUGAACGCGUCAUUAUUAUUUUUUCUCAUUACACUGAAUCAUGAAUCGGGGGGAAGAAGAUCUGUGUUAUAAAGCACAUGAAAUUGAAGUGGAGGAAGACUUUUACCCGUUUGGGUUGAGUACUGAUGAAGAUGCGCAGGUGUAUAAGGACAACGAGGAUCUGUUCACGGCUCAUGAAGUUCUGCUGGCGGCUCGGCUCGGCAACGCGCUGCUCUUAGAAAACAGACAGCUGAAGGAAGACAGACAGACACUUCAUGACAAAUACACACAGCAGCUGGAGGAGCUGCAGCAGGGCAGGUAUGAGAUGCAGGUGAAGCUGGACAGCUGUCAGGCACACUGGGAGAGUCAGGUGGCCGAACUGGAGCGGGAUGCACGGGAGCUACAUUCUCAGGUGGACAGACUGACCCAGAGCCUGUGUAAGGCAGAGAAAGAAAAGACCAGACUGAAGCAUGAACAUAGUGAACAGAGCAACAGACUCCGAGAACAGCUCCGGAGGGCAAUGGAGGUAGAGCAAACCGUGACCUGCAAGUUGAAGAGAUUGAAAGAUGAAAUGAGAGAGAGGGGGAACUCCAGACCCGAGGAUGAAGAAAUUAUCAGCGCUCUUAGAGAACAGAUAGCGCGUCUCGUGCAGCGAGAGCAAACACUAGAGCAGCGCUUGAAGACAUCGUGUCAAGAGAAUGAGGAACUACGAGAGAGUGUGUCCUCUCUACACACACGCCUGGAUUUCCAGGAACAACAGUGUCAUACACACACUCAACAGCUGGCAGAGGCCUGGCAUGAGGUGGAGUUAUCCCGUGCUCGGACGCAGGAGCUACAGUCUCAGGUAGAUGAGCUACAGGAGGAGGUGGCCCUGCGGGAGAAAAGCCACAAUGAUACAUCAUUAUUGUCUGAGCUUGAGAACAGUCUGGACGCUUUGGGCUGGAGCCAGGACAAAGAACAGGAGAUGAGAAGGUCCAUUGUGGGAGAAGUGAGCGAUCCGUGUGAGAAUUCGGCCGGACUGCGGGAGCUUAAAGAUCAGAAUGAGCGUUUAAUAGCGGAGAACACAGAGUUAAAGCUACAUGCUGGGAAAAUGCUGGAUGAGGAAGUAGUUCGACAGGCCUUAAAGGACCGCGACGAUGCUAUCGCUAAGAAGACGGCUAUGGAAGCAGAACUGCUGAGGACUAAACAUGACAUGAUGUGCUUAAACAACCAACUCCUGGAGGCCAUUCAACGUAAACUCGAGCUGUCUCAGGAACUGGAGGCCUGGCAGGAUGAUAUCCAGAUUAUCAUCAAUCAACAACUGAAGAGUCAACAACAGACAGAACAACUGCAGAAAAGGCCGACAGGUCGCAUGUCUUUCCUCCACAGGUCCAGACGGACCUCGACUAUAUCAGAGACUGGUCCAGGGCAAAACCAGUCGCCUUGGAGAGACUGGCUGAAACUCGGCAAAUAAACUCUUACUGCUUACUACCAUCUGCCCAUGCCAGGAUUGCCUGCAGCCUGUUCCCUCCACCGCCUGAGACUCAGUGGAGACGUGUGAAGAAAGAAAUGCCAUUGACACUGGACAGGUUAAAAAAACAUUUGGGAGAACGGACAGACUGGGAUUGCAUUGAUCUUGGAGACCACGGACCUGUUUAUUCUGGAAAAAAGUGAAUCUCACGACAAAUAUUUUACCCAGCACUCCCAAAAUAAAAUGUGGAAAGAAGUUCUAUUUUGAAAAUAAAAGCUUAAUAUUUGAUACGUAAUAUGACAGGUUUCAUGAGAUAUUGAAUGACUAGGCAGAACUGUUUUUGUGUUAAAAUGGAACUUGUAUGCUGUUGUCAUAUGAGGAUGAAUGUAACAAUGCGCUAUGAUCAUGCAGGUCAUGAUCGUGUUAUUGAUGUUAUGUCAGUUUUAUAUAAUAGCAUUACAGAAUAAGAAUUUUGUACUUUUGAAAUGGUCAAAAACAUGAUUUGCAUAAUUUGCGUAAGCACAAAGGUAUGUCUAAGUGGAGUGUCAUGUAAUACUCUUAAACACACACCGUACCUGAAGAUCUGACGCACAUACAGUAAGUACUCACACUUACUCAAACUUCUCAUAUUGUCAUGUUAUAAUAUGACGCCAUCAUGUAUGGGCUCAGGCUGAAUGACUGAAACUCAUUAAUGGCUGAUUUAUCUUUGAAGGGUGCGAUUGUGACACAUCACAAUAAGGUUUAGUAAGGUUAACAGUACUGAAAUGAAAUAAUGCUACUGUUGGUUUAAAAUAUGUAUGUAUAUAUGCAGAGAUUAACAUUAGCCAAGAUUUAUUAAUGUCAUAAAAGUAUUGUUUAUUGUUAUGUCAUGCUUUUCGUGGUAUUAAAGGCAGGGUGUCCGAUUUCCGAAUUAUCGGAAUUAUGCUUGUUUAGACAAAGUCGGGCCAAGUACCAAAACAACUUUGUAGCCAAUCAGCAGUAAGGUGUACAGUGCACAGGAUGGACAUUAGUCGAGCAGAGCGCUGACGAAAGCGAAAGAUGGGGGUAGGGGUGUGUCUGUUUUGGUGAUUUGAACAUCAACAACGGCUAAGAGAAAUCGGACACCCCGCCUUUAAUGUUAUUGUGUGUUGUAAUAAAAUGCAUUUUUUUGUUAAGAUGUUCACUAUGUACUUUAGGUAUAGUACAUUUUGUGAUCUGACAGAUUUUGUAAUAAUUUUUUUUAUAGUUGUACUACCUUUUUUUAUUAGUAUAUUUGGGUCAUUCUUCAUUUGUGGUGGCAAGUGGUGUCCCUAUACUUUACAGUUAAAAUAAACUUUAAAUACCAAUAAAUGAUCAAAUGUUUGUAUUCUGUAGGAUAAACACAAUUUGUGCACUAUUAUAUUGGUUACAUUUUUGCUUUAAAUACAUAUUUAAUUGAGUUUGAGAGAUUGCAUUUGUAACAAAAUAUGCAUGUUUCCGCAUACCUCAGAGAGUUAUCAUGGAAUGUUAU